AUGGUGCAGGUGGCAUCGCGCCUUUCUUCUUCGACGCCAGAUGAGUCUAUGCCGCCGCGUUUGCUCAACUGUUCCCUCCUCCACGACACGACCAGCAUCGACUAUGACGGUAUUGGGCAAUCGCUGCGGGCAUCUCCCUCCCCCAACCGUAGCCCUCACUGUAGCUUUGCCCUGCCGCCCAUCGCUGCCAGCAGCCGUGCGCCGUGCAGCCUCGACAUGCUCACCUCGUCCUCACCGACCAUCUCAGCGCCUGCAUCGCCCUCGGCCGCCUUCCACGCUCCCAGCCGCGCAUAUCAUGCCUCGCGACGGACGUCGGCUUCCUCCAGCGCCCACUCUCCCCGCUUCGCCGUGAGCGCGUCGUCGCGGCGGUACGACGUCACCGCAGCCACCACCACCUCCACCACGAGGCCCAUUCCAAUACCCUCGCCUUCCGCCGCCUAUACGCAGUCACCGCAGAGCCGCAAACGGGCCUACGUAGACGUCGGCACGCAGUACACUCCGCCAGGCCUGCCCCCCACCUACCACCCCCCGGCAUCGGACCAGCACACUAUCCUCACUUCCACUUCCACUUCCACCAGCCCCGAAACGACAGAAGCCGCCCUACUGGCUGCUCACCCUGCCGCGACUACACCGCGGGGGGAGCCCUCCGCCACGCCUGUCGCCACGGAGCCUCCAGAGCCUGAAGUGCGGGUGGAUCCGCAGCCAUUCGCGCCUGUCCAUAAUGCUCAACCCCCGGCUCGGAGGGCAUCAGGCUCGAGCUCGCGCUCAGCAGUUGGACAGGAAGGAGCCUUGCCCCAGACAAGUGCUGUCUUGCGGGUUCCUUCCUCGCCAGCCAAACGCGCACGACCCCACGAGCCAGAUGUGAAAGUCAUGCCACUCCUGUACGAGACGUGCGACGUCAAAGAACUGGGCGUGUUGAUAUCAGACAUGCUCAUGGAGCUGGUGCGCAUUAACGAUGAGCAACCGCUCCGGGACGGUACUCUCACGCGGUUUCAUUCGAGGGCGCCGCCUGGCAUCUCUGUGCGUGACUAUCUCUCCCGUCUGAUCGUGCAUGCGACCCUGUCGCCUCCCAUCCUGCUCUCCAUGGUCUUCUACGUCGACAAGCUCUGCGCCAUGUACCCCUCCUUCACAAUCAGCAGCCUCACCGUGCAUCGCUUCUUAAUCACAGCGGCAACAGUAGCAGCGAAGGGCCUGAGUGAUAGUUUUUGGACCAACAGCCUGUAUGCAAGAGUGGGAGGUGUCAGCCCUGAGGUGCUUGUGGACUACUACAAGGGCCUGGUUGAGCGAGGCUCGGGCUUCGUCAUGGAAACAGAACCAGAGGCAGCUCCAGAGCCCGGCUCCCAGGAUGCAAUCAGCCCUGGAUCAGCGACUGGGAUCCAUACCAACCAAUCAAAUUCCUAA